ACAGAACAGCGUGUCUGACAGGUAUAAUGCAGUUCGAAUUCUCGGAAGCUGUUGCUAGGACACCGACACACGCAGCGUUCCGAGAGGUGGGGCCAGGGAAGGAAUGUUAUUUUUUAAGCCCACCAGCAGCUGCUGCUGGAAAUGGAGUGAGAGCACAGCCAGAGGGGAUGAAACGACGGGUCAAGCCGGCAGAAUGUGCGAACAGCUCAAAUUCAUAACGAGCCUUCACUUUUCAAAGCCAAACAACGUAACGAGUCAAAAAGUUUUCAAACACAUCCUGGUGGUUGUGAUCGUCGUCGCGGCUUUCGCCUAUGUGUCCCUCCUUUCUGCGCGAGUGUCAGAUGGAAAUCUCUAUAAGAAAAAUUCUGAAUGGCAUUUCCAUGAAAGAAAUUCAAGAUUAAGGAGGGAUGAUGACAGUAAAUUCCGAAGAAUGUCUGCCAGAUUAUCAGAUACAUCAUCACAGGCUUUCUCAACACCCUUUGCAGAUCAAACCUUUGGUGUAGAAGGAGAAAUUGUUCCAGUUUUCUUCCACGUUUACUCUGUAGGCCAGUCUCUUCAGUGCCUAACAAAGGAACUCUUAUCACAAAGUCUUGUGGAUCCAAAGUUUCAGUGGACAGGCCCAAAUGGACUGAUUACUAAAGAAUCUCAGAGAUUCAUCUUCACUGACAAUGGAAACUUGUUGUUUGACACCAUUUAUGUAGUAGAUUCUGGAAACUAUACCUGCAACCUCACAUACACACUCGAUCUAAAACGAACAUCAACCCUGGUCAGGUAUACCGUUUAUGUGUAUCACAAUCCAAAGAAAAGUGUUCGCCUAGAAGCUGAUUUCUACACAACUAAGUGCAACAAUAAUGAGAUAACUAAGUUUGAGAAACAUUUGCAGAAGCAGCUGGAAGAUGCUGUCCAUGACCUGCAGUGUGAAGUGCACCACUGGAAUUCAGCCUGCCACAGCAUCAAACCCUCAAAGACACCGAUGAGUCAUAUAUUUAAUUUCCAAUUCAUUGUAUUUCCAUUUGCACUUGGCUGGGCCGACCAGUGUAAUGAUUCACAGUGUGACCAACAGUCUGAAGAUCGUGUCAAAAAGGCAUACACGCGAAUCAGAUCAUUCAUUGAGGACUACCCCUUUAAAGGAAGGUUCCAAAAUAUUCAGUAUAUCGCUAAUUCUUUAAAUGGUGUGAAGGUGGAUCACUGCAAACCAGGAUUUGGCAAAAACAUCAUAACAAGUGAUAAGUGUGUAGGAUGUUGUGUUGCAUGUCCACCUGGACACUUCAGUGCAAGACAAGACACAAUCUGUACUCCAUGCGCCUUUGGUUCAUUUAACAAGCAUUAUGGAAAAACGGAAUGCACAAACUGCCCACGAAAUGAAGCUACUGACAGAAGUGGAGCAACUUCUCAACAGGAAUGUCACUGGAUUAUGUAUCCAUGGAUAUUGCCUGUGGCAUCUUCAGUAGGAACUUGCAUCUUUCUCAUUAUCCUUUUGAUAAUAUGCUGGAAGUAUCGCAAGUCACCAAUGAAGGGAAAAUGUGUUCAGGUAAAAAAGGGAGAAGUAAAACAGCAGGUGAAAACACUGGCAAACAUAAUAAGAAGUGUUGACUUACUGGAACAGAAAAGCAAGUUAAGACCAUCUGAAUUUAUUGUUAGGCAUUCGCCAAAACACAGAGUGGGAUUUUCAGAUGAUCAAUGCAUUGGUUUAUUAAGUGAUACUGACACUGAAACAUGUAAGACAUUUGGCUCUUUACAAUCUGGUGAAAGCACAUGCCCAGAAAGCAGCUUUGAGGAAUGCAGAUCUCCAUGCACAUCAGACGAACCUUGCUUUAUCUCAAGGAAUUCAACUCCACAGAAGGUAGCAGCUUUCCUUCGGCAUGGAAGGUAGUAGUUCUCCGUGAUGGCUUAAUAUGUGCAAAAGUCUAUAUAGAUGUGAAAUAUCACACUAUUAAUCUGUAAAUUGCUGAAUGUUUUGUAUAUGUCCUUCUUUGAGAGUGUUGUUACUGUAUAUAAUGGUGAAGGAACAGAAGCUUCUAUUUAAGGUUGAAAGAAAUAUCAUCUUCAUGUAUUGGCUUAAAGAUUUUGAUUCAUCAUUACUUAGCAAAAUAAUGUUAUACAUAUGGACACACAAGGAUGGGAAUGCUUCUGCUCUGCUAUAUGCUCUGGUAUAGCUAAUGUUGUUUGUUAAGUUAACAUUACUGAUGAUGAGAUUUCCCACUUGGUUAAAAUAUCAGAUGGGAAAUGGUGAGGAUAAAGGGUCCUAUCUAAAGAUUAAAAUACGGAAUUCUGGUUAUUCUCAAGUAUUUCAGACUUUCUCAAUGUAAAAGUCACUACCAACUUUUAUACCUAUUAUUCCACCUCAAAUUUAUAAAACUACUUAUUUUUAACAAAUCAAAAAUGCCUUAUUUUCUAAAAUUAAUGGUAAUAUCUUAGCAUGAACCAUUUUUAUUAAACUGUCAAACAUAUUUAAUCUCAUUCCCUUAGGAUUUCUUAUUAAUGAUGACUUCAAUUUAAGUAAGUUUUUCAAACCGUUACUUUAUGUCAUUCUAUUAAGCUUAAUUUCUUUUCCAAAUAUAUUCAUAUUAUUUCAUGUACAGUGAAACUAGCAGGGAGGCAAACAAAGUGCUGGUAUUCAUAAUAUAGGCCAAAAUAAAAUCAAACUGAAUUUUUUAUGGACAUUCCAUGUAUGAUAGAGAAUGAACAAAAAUAAUAUAUUGAGCUUGAAGUUCAAAGGUUACAAACCGUACACCAACUACUCAGUGCCAUACCGGGGCAAACUACUGUUUUUAACCAAAGUAUGUUUAAAGUAUUUGUCUCUAGCAUCUCUUAAAAAUAUAGCUCUUCAUGUCAAAUUAAUUUCUGAAAAAGCUCAUUUGGCUUAUGAGCUUUUACCAUGUGCUCCUGUGCUCCCUCAUUGCUGAGAUGGAGUUUUACCGCAAUACCAUGAGAAAUAGACUUCAAAAGACAUAUUCUUUAAUAGCAUCCUACAGUAACGCUUUCAAUUUGUUUUUAAAAUUUUUAAUCAGCAAAUUCCAAACCUUGAUCAUUAAAUCAAUAUUUUUCUUAUGCAAUUUAGCAUUGAAAUAGCUGUUUGUAAACAGUUAAACAUUGCAGCUAGCAAGACCAUUCCUAUAUUGAGGUAUAUAUUUAUUAGAUAUUAGAAGUCUUUCACAUGUAAGAAGAAUUAUUAUGUGUAUAUGUAUCUGUUAUAAUUGCCUUUUAGUAUAGACUCUUCCUCUUUACAUAACGUCAAUAUAAGUCAUUGAUAUUCCUCUGA